AUGUCGAACGCCACCCUCUCCGCUUCGACUCUCACCGCCCGUGAGCCAUUGCAGCAAAUGCGUGUGUUUAACGACCGUUCAGAAGGACUCAACGACGCAGUGUUUUACCUGCGUCGCGAGAAGGUUCGCAUCUCCGUUGCGUCAUCCGAUGUAGUGACCGCUGUCGCAGUAUCCGGCCCGCUCCUCUGGGUCGGUACUUCCAGCGGCCGUCUCAUUCGGCACGACACUCUCUCCGGCCAUGAGGAGGAGGUUCGCGGAAGGCUUGGCGUCGGCAGGCUUGAUAAUACCGUCACCCGCAUAUACGCCGAUCCUUACACGCACGCGGCCCUCAUCAUCUUGAGGAAUGCUGACGGCUACCACGCCAGCGGUACGGGUCCCGUCAGGCCUAGAUGGCUCGCCAAACUUAGGGGGUUGCGAUGUGUCAGCGCUUCGUGGAUUAGGGCACCGCAAAAACAUAAGCAAGCCACUGAGAGACCCAUAGCAUUGCUAGGUACAGCUUUUGGGGCUCUAUUUUCGCUUACAAUUGACGAUAAGCACGAGAAGGAUGACGCUCUCCACCGCCUCUGGGUCGCGCCCAACGGCGAGCCUAUUGAUGGAAUUCGAGUAGAGCAGGUCGCGGGAAAGUACGUUGGCACCGUCGCUACCACUUCAGCCCUGUAUUUAUUUUCCGAUGCACUCUCCUAUUCAGAUCUCUUCUCGGACGGACGCAUCACAGUUGUCAACCGCGCCUCCGAUACAGUAGAUGAUACUGCGACAGGGGAAAAGCGUGAGUUUGUUCUUCCCUCAGAGCUUCAGUUUAUGACGGGUAACUCUGGUGUUGCCUCAAGAAGAUUCGUUUGGGCCGCGUCUGCUGGUAUUACUCACGCUCAGCUUGCAGUGAGAAGACGGCGAAAUGAAGAGACACUCUUAAGCGAGUCUGGCGAUACGGGAUCCGCCGCAAACCGCUCCACAGUUAUUGCUACCGUUCAGGAUACAGAACUCAUUUCAUGGGAACGCCUUAAACAGAGCAGCGGUUCUUCUGUACCGUUGGCAUGUAAUUUGUCUGCGUUUCAUGUCCUUGUUCUUUAUCCUGGCAGCGUCUACGCGUUUAAUCAGAUAUCCGGUCAGUUAACACAACGAUUGACGGUUUGGAGUCCGUCAGGACGUCUUACGAGUCACGAGAGAGCCCCACGCGAACUGCCGUGGGAGUCGCCAAGACGAAGUCCAACGCCAAGCGAAAUAUCCAGUUCUAGUCGUGGGAGAGAUUCUGGAAAGCAAACGUUUGUAGGGCGAGACUCGGCCUCACAUGUAGAGCAGAUGCUGUCUUCACCAGCAGCAGGGUUCGCCAGAGAUGUUCUUACAGAUUCAUUGUGGAUCUAUACAGAAGACGGAGAAUUCGCGAGAUUGAGAGCAUCUCAUGAGGAACAGAGCGAAGCGUGGAAGGCGGCGAAAGCCAUGGGGAGGUUCGACUUAGCUAUGGCUCUUGCCCCGCUAGUGUCGAGUGGCUUACCGGACGAUAUGCUCAUGUUUCAAACGAGGGAAGCCGUCCUAGAAGCGCAAGCAGAUCAUGCCGCUGCGGAAGGCAACUGGGAUGCUGCUGCGCAGCUUUACGCAAAGACUAAUCGGCCGAUUGAGACUGUAAUCUUGGAUAUUGUGGAAGGCUGCUCAGGCCAAGGUAGGGGUGAAGUGUCUGGAAGCGCCGGAUCAGGACCGUCGGGAGGUCUCAGGGAGCUAGGUAUUGGACCUCGACUUGAAAUGACCGGACACAUCAUUACAUACCUUGUGCGAAAAUUAGAUAAGACGGUCAUAUCACGACCCAUGCAAAGAACAAUAAUGGCAACCAUGCUGGUCCAGCUAUACGCAUCCCAACUCUCUUCUGAAACGGAUAUCAAGAGGAAGGAAGAAGUUCGGAAGGACUUCGGUCAUUUUCUUGCGGAUCGACAUAAGGCUUUAAAUACAGAGACAGCACUUGCUAUAUUGAACAACAACGGUUGUCAUGAGGAAGCCUGGAAGCUUGCAGUGUUGUCUGGAGAUGUAAUAAGGGCAGCGGAACUAUCAUCAAGACGAGGAUUAGUAGAUCAGACGCUAUCUCUCCUGAAGGAUGCUAUUGUCGUAAAGGACGAUGACACAAUGAGCCAGUUGUUACAGUGCAUUGCAAACUUACUUAUUCCGCAAGCUCCGCAAAAGGUGAGUACUGCCAUAGCUCGAUGUCUCAAGAAAGAUGUAUCUAUUGCCGACCACGUCACCGUUGUGCAAGGGCUCGCUCGUGUUGCACGUGGAGAGAAAGAUGAAGACAAAUGCGCCCCGUCUACAUUCUCGUCAACGUGUACCUAUUUGAUCUCCUUCAGUCUUGGAAGUUCGACAACUGCAGAAGAAAUUCAAACUCAGUCAGAGGGACUCGUUCCAAGGACUGGUGCAUUUUGAUUACGUUUCUGUUUCAGCUGCAUGCAGAGUUUGGUAAUGAAGCCGAGGCACAGCGCUCUUAUGACUGCCUUAUCGCUCCAUGCAUAAAGACUGAUAUGUCUGAGGAUACUCACGACGCGCUUGGUGCAAUUCUUCGAUCAUGUGCCAACGGCGGCUUUCUCAGGCUUUGCGUGUUUUUGUAUCAAGCCCUGAAGCUGCAUGUGGCUGCGAUAACGCUAGCUGUUGAAAUCGACGUGAAAUUGGCUGAAACAAAGGUUGGGAGGUUGGGGCCAGCUGAUAUGCCUGAGGGUUUGAAGAAGUCACUCCAAUGCCUCGUAGCAGGCAAGAGCAAUGAUCCAGUCGGCGUCGUAGAACGCAGCAAGGGCCUUCUGCACAUUGAAGAUGUUCUGACUUCGAUGCAGCCAUUUGAGUCCGCUACAGAACGGGUGAAAGCUGCAGUAGCGAAUUCGCUCGAGGAGCAUAAACGAUUGGCAAAUUCAGCAAAGAGUGAUGCCAUUUCAGCUCUCGCGGUUACCAGUAGUUUGCGAGAGGAUCUCGAAACUGCUCGAACUUGGCGGAUCAAGAGACAAGAGGAAAACCGAGCUCAUGGACAUCGUUCAUUAGUUCACAGCUGUGGUCAUGGAGUUUCAACCAAGCAUGGUGAAAGUGAAGGGAAAGUGUGUGCUUUAUGUGGAACUCAUGCCAUUUUAUCAAUUGAUGCGCCGUUCGAUACCGGCCAUGUGCUGCCGCUCGAGACAAGCUUGUGAAGUAAACGAACAAUGCCUAUUG